AUGUAUAGCAUAAUGAUGGAAACGGACUUGCAUUCCCCUGUGGUGCCCCAAACCAACCCCUCCAAUCCGGGGGGACACGCGGGAGGAGGGGGGAGCAACGGCGGCGGGAACAACAACAACAACAAAGUUGCCCAGGAGCGGGUCAAGAGACCCAUGAACGCCUUCAUGGUUUGGUCGAGGGGCCAGAGGCGGAAAAUGGCACAGGAGAACCCCAAGAUGCACAACUCGGAGAUCAGCAAGAGGCUGGGAGCCGAGUGGAAAGUCAUGUCCGAGGCGGAGAAGAGACCUUUCAUCGACGAGGCGAAGCGACUGCGGGCCAUGCACAUGAAGGAACACCCGGAUUACAAGUACCGGCCGCGGAGGAAGACCAAAACGCUUCUGAAAAAGGACAAGUAUUCUUUGGCCGGGGGUCUCCUCGGCUCCGCGGGGGGUCUGGGGAUGGGCAGCGGGCAGCGGCUGGAGAGCCCGGGAGGGGCCCACGCCGGAGCAGCCGCCGCCGGCUACGCCACGCACAUGAACGGCUGGGCGAACGGGGCGUACCCGGGCCAGGUGGCGGCGGCCGCGGCGGCGGCGCACGCCAUGAUGCAGGAGGCGCAGCUGGCGUACACUCAGCACCCGGGCGCCGGUGCCCACUCGCAUCACCCGCACUCCCAUCACCCCCAUCACCCGCACCCGCACAACCCGCAGCCCAUGCACCGCUACGACAUGACCGCCUUACAGUACAGCCCCAUCUCGAACUCGCAGGGCUACAUGAGCGCCUCCCCGCCGGGCUACGGGGGCAUCACCGGCUACACUCACCAGCACCAAAGCUCCGGUGUUUCCCCCGUGUCCGGAGCCAUCGGCGGCACUCUGGGCUCCCUGGUGAAAUCGGAGCCCAACGUCAGCCCCCCCGUCCCCGGCACUCGCGCCCCGCCGCCGCCGUGCCCCACCGGGGACCUGCGGGACAUGAUCAGCAUGUAUUUACCGAGCGGAGAGGCGGCGGGGGACUCGUCCGUUCACAGCAGACUGCACGUACUCCACCCGCAGCACUAUCAGAGCGCCGCCUCGGCGGGGGUGAACGGGACGGUCCCCCUAACUCACAUUUAG